AGCCCGCCUACUUAAAUUCUCAGGAAGUGUGCGAUCAGUGUGUGUUUCUGUUAGUUGGUGGUGACACAGGAUGCAGCUAACACCAUUCUGCCUGAUGCUGACCUGUCUGCGGGUCAGCCCUGACAGGUCUCAAUUCUUCAGGUAUGACAACAUCUCUCUGAGCUGUGGCGAAGAGUUGAACUCCACCGGCUGGAAGGUGAAAAGGGAAACGUCGAAGGGUGGGACCAGACCCUGCUCCUCCGGCUGGGGCUUUGUCUCCUCAGGUUCGAACUGCAUCAUUCGGCAGACCUACCCAACAGACAGCGGGGUGUACUGGUGUGAGUCCAUCAGUGGAGAGCAGGGCAACUCAGUCAACAUUACCAUCACUGAUCGUCCUGUGAUUCUGGAGAGUCCUACCCUCCCCGUGCCCGCGGGAGCCACAGUGACUCUGUACUGUAAGCCCGAAACAGAGUCCUCCAACCAUUUUUUUGAUUUCUAUAAAGAUGGACACUGCAUCAGAAGCAACUCCAUGGGAGAAAUGACCAUUACAAGUGUUUCUAAAUCUGAUGAAGGGCUCUACAAAUGCAGCAUCUCAGGAGGUGAAGAAUCACUGGGCAGCUGGUUGGCUGUAGAAGAUUCUCCUCUUUCUUCCACUCCGUGCACCUCUGCAGCUGAACCUGCGGCUCCCUGCUCUGUUCCCGUAUUAAGACUAGUAUGUCAUGUGGUGGUGGGAGUGCCUUACCUGUGUUCCACUGUUCUGCUGGCACUCAUAUACAGAGACAGGAGGAGAGCAGCUCAGAUUGCUGCAAAGAGAACCAGCACGGAUCGUGUCAUCAUGGAAAUGAUUGUUUAACCAAACACAUGAUCAAAGUGUACCGCAGGCUGCCCCCGAGGCUUCAGAGGAAAUCUGUCAGCAUUCGUCUGCCAAAGGCCAAAAGGGAAUGUAGUUUCAUUCAA